AUGUGGCCUUCCUUCCCCUCUCGCGAGGACAAGGCCCGCGAGCGGGUGCGCGAAUCCUUCCGGCACCUGAUCCACGAGGUGCCUUCUGCCACCCACGAUGCCCGGCAGUGGCCUAAGCUGGAUCAGCUGGCUGACGAGGAGCUGCUGCCGGAGUACUUGCAGGCCACCUCGGGGCUGCGAGAGCUGCUGUCCAAUGAGCUGCAACAUGCUCGGCCGAUGCAGGCGGCCAGCAUCGCGGCGCAUCUGCGGAUGUAUGUGGACCUGGUGCAGAGCGACCACUUCAGCAUCUCCUUGGCCCGAGAGGCCUUCGAGGACAGCCACGCAGCGCAGCUCUGCGAAGCCUUCGGGGCGGCGGCACAGGACUUGGCGGGGGAGAUGCCCUGCGGGAACCUCUCCAGCGCGCUGGAUGCCGCGGAGCUGGCGAUCCAAGAGCGCCAGGAGGCGGUGAUGAAGGACUUCCACCUGGACCAGGCCUUCCUCAGCCGGCUGAAGCAGUGCUUCCAGCGGAAGCGCCAGGAGCUUGAGCUCAUCAACCAGGAGCUGGUCCUCGCAGAGUGGGAGAAGGAGGUGCAGCAGGCCGCCAGCACUGGCGGCUGCUUCUUCCUCUCUAAGCUUGCCGCGUCGGUCCCGCGGUACAAGCAGAGCUACGGCGCGGCCUUCACCAAGGUGGAGGCCAAGGCCAAGGCGUAUGCCCAGCAGAUGCAGCGCACGCGCUUCACGGGGUGUGUGGUGCUGCGGCAUCUGCUUUUGCCCAUCCUGCCCUGGUUAGCUUGGCCCGUCAUCAAUCUCUACAUCAGGCAGGGCGUCCUGCAGGCCGUCCUCACCAUGAUGCUGCAUGGGGUGGUGCUGGCAGGCGUCUACUCGAUUCUGCAGUCCCUGGGGCGCUUGCCUUACUACCUGGACCUGGAAUACCCGGUGCUCCAGCACCAUUCAGGCUUGCAGGAGCUGGUGCUGAGGGCGCCGCAGAUCCCCUGGGCCUUCCUCGCCAGCGCCAGCGCCUUCGUCGGCUGGAUCCGCGUGGCUUGGCUCUUCUCGGUCCAGAUCUUCAGGCCUGUGGAGGUCAGAACCAUAGGGCAGCUGUCCAACCUCGAGCUGAAGCUGAACACCAUCAUGGAGCGAUCGCAGGCGGACCUCAAGGAGAAGGUGGUCACCGCGGCGCUGGAUGCGGCGCUCCACAUCGAUGGCGCGGAGCUCCAGCGCCACAGGUGA